CAGAAAAGAGGGGAUGAAAGGACUUGGUUCUUGGGGCAGGAGCAGAGGCGACGAGGCUCUUGCCCGGGGCCUGGGUAGCUGUGUUUGUGAAAGCCACCUCCCUGGUGGGUUGUCCUGAUAUGGGUUUCCACGCAUCACCCUGGGCAGGGGGACCCUUGAGCCAGGGCAAGCCAGGGCUCCUCACCAACCCCGCAGGCCAGAGCUAGAGUGUGAGGGUUUUGGGUUCUGGCAUCCCGGGAGAGGCCCCUCCAGAGCUGGCUGCUUCCUAGGGGGCAUCCAUACUUUCUCUUGGAGGCCUCAAUGAGGGUGGGCUACAUGGUGGCCUGGCUGCCCCAGACCCUCUUAUUUGCAGGGUCAGUGUUUCCUGAAGGCAGGUCAGGAGGCCGGCACAUAGGGUGUGGCUGCUGUUGAGACUUGGGUGCAGAGCUGGCCCUGCUCAGUACCGUGUGCUCUUCCCACAUGCAGUGGGGUCACUGGCGUGCACCCCAAAUGUCUGUGCCUGAGCACCCACUACCCCAAAGUUUAAAGCAUUGAUGAAGAGCAGGCGGUCCUCACAGGACUUUGGUGCCCUUUUCUCCAGGCAGAGCCAGGCCCUGUGGCCCGCAGAUCCCCCAUGGGCCCAGGGCUACACCUCACUUUUCACUGGGGCUGGUUUCCUCCCUGGCUGUACCUGCAUCAGAUGCACAUGAUGCCAGCUGACCGGGCCACGGGCACACUGUCUACUCUCACCCAUGCUCUGCUCUCACAGUGGACACGGGUUGAGCUCUUACUCAGGGGUAGAGCAGCCCUGGAUCGAGCUUGAGCAGUUCUGCUCCAUGGGCAGCUUCGCUGAGCCCAGCUUCAGCUCAGGCCAUCACCCACCCAGGAUUUGACUGUGAAAGGGGAGUGUCAGGAACACGUGGGCUCUCUUCCUGUGAGGGCCUUCUGGAUGCGGUGGGGUUCAGGAACCUGGGGGAGCUGUUCCAGUGGUUCUAGUAUCCGACUCAUAACCAUGGGCAAAGCAGAUGUAAAUGACCCUGCUCACCUCUGGCAUGCGUGGCUGCUGCCCCCGGAGUGUGGCUGGUCUCCAUGGAGAAGAGCAUCAGCCACCGUAGGGGAAGGACCUUGACUGAACACAGGUGGCGCGUGAGUCGCGUGGGGCUUCAUCCUGAUUUCUAAAUGACACGGUGAUGUUUUGGAUAUGUUGGGUUACCUGGGAUAGGUUAUCAAGACUCCUUUUACCUGUCUUAUCUUUUUCACGUGGCUGUCGGAGGGUUAGAAAUGACACGUGUGGCUCACACAAUGUUCCUACUGGGCUGUGCUCCUGUAGCCGGAGGCCCAGCCCUUCUUUCAGGGUCCAGGUGGGCACUGUCGGCUUGCAGGACACGGGGCCUCUGUACCACCACUUGGCUCUGGUCCUGCUGAGCAGAGGACACUUGAGUGGUAGGUGACUUUCAAGGUCGUCAAGCCUGUCAGGGCCUGUGUUGCUCUGUCCAUGUCCCUCAGAAUAAGGGUCCAGGCAAACGGUAUCACUGCAGGAGACUCAGCUGUUCUGACUGAAGCUCUAAUGGGGCAGUGGGCCCAGACUUCUCCCACCCCUGUCCUGUGGCGGUUGGUGCCCCAGGUUCCAGAGCUGCGCAUGCUGGUCACUCCCAGGUGUGGGCAGACUUACUUGUAUACCCUGGUGCAGCAUGGACCAGUAUUUCUAGGGGGCUUGGGCGCUCACUGGCUCACCUGUAUGCAAGGACAGCUCCCCUCGGUUUUACCCCACCGCUGACCCCUGUGCACAAGGGACUUACUAGGAAGCUGGGGGAGGGUGUCAUUGGGUGAUGCAGACCAGGUGGUAGGGGCAGAGCUGCUGGUCACCUGCUAGGCCAGAAAGCCAAGCAGACACCCACACUGGGCCAAAGCCCAGCCCAGGUGUCUUUCCUGAACUGACUGGGACUUGCCUCGUUUGAAAUGGGAUGCACCUGGUCUCUUGUUACAGGGCAGAUGCUCUUGGACCCAUCGGCCUUCCCGAGAGGGCAGGCAGUCACCCUACUGGAGGCCUUGCAGCCUCCCGGGUCCCUCUCGGGUCACCCAUCUCUGGGUUGGGAAGGCUAUCCCUCUAGAAAGGCCAUGGUGGCCUCCCUGUGGCUGUGGGCAGCACCCAGUGCCCCUCUUGGAGGCCGUCUUGCCAGGGCUCACCUGCCCCACUGGGCUCUCUUCCCUUACUUUCCUUUCCUCUAGUUAAAUAUCUCCUCCAUCCUUUCGUCUAAGGAUAACACCCUCUUUAAAGACCAGUGGCUGUGGCACAGCCGUCUCUCUUCCGUGGGUGGCUGAUGGGUUGGUGUGGGUUUUCAGAAACAGAGAAGAGGGCGUCAUUACGGGGCAGAGGCGUGCCGUGUGCCGGGGGUGCAGCUCUGUCAAUGCUGAGCCCGAGGCCCUGGUAGGACCCCUGGCUAUGGGGGCACUGGAGAACCUCCCAGGGCUUCUGGGGACUCCAUGCCUGUGAAUCACGCUAUCUUUUCUCUUUCUCUUUAUUCUGUGUUUAUUUCUGUUGUUGUCAUGUGACUUGGACCAGCCCAGCUGCCCUGUCUCCGGUGUGGGUGCUCCAUGCUCCACCUCGCCCGCCACCGCCGGCCACAUGUGACCAGGCCCGGCUCUCAGCGUGGCCACUGUCGCGGAGGCCAUGGGGAGCUCCGCCUCCUCGCUGGCCGCCGAGACCGAGUCGGACCACGGCUUCCCCGGGGGACCAUCCUACCCAGGGCCCCCGGCAGCAGCCGGCUGGUGUAGGAGUGGCCCCGGGGGGCCUGUCUGGGGCAGCACCCUGGUCACCCGGCAGCAUCAGCCCCCACGCCCCCGGGCCCGAAGCCACACGCACUCGCCUGGGCCCAUGGCCGCAGUUGGGGAGUGGUCCUGUGCACGCUGCACCUUCCUGAACCCUGCCGGCCAGCGCCAGUGCUCCAUCUGUGAGGCUCCCCGACACAAGCCUGACCUCGACCAGAUCCUGCGGCUCAGCGUGGAGGAGCAGAAGUGGCCCUGUGCCCGCUGCACGUUCCGUAACCUCCUGGGCAGGGAGGCCUGCGAGGUGUGUGGCUUUGCCCCGGAGCCUGUCCCUGGGGCCUCCCUGCUGCCUGUCAUCAACGGGGUCCUGCCUAAGCCACCUACUGUCCUGCUGGAGCCCAAGGGCAGCUGCAAGGAGGAGGCGGGGCCAGUGCUGACAGCAGGGUCUGUGGAACCAGCUGGGGGGCAGCCUGAGGAAGAGCAGGAAGAGGAAGAAGGGGAAGGUGGGGAGGCGGCAGCAGAGCCCGGGAGCGGCUGGGCCUGCCAGCGCUGCACACUGCACAACACGCCCGUGGCCAGCUCCUGCUCUGCCUGCGGGGGCCCCCGGAAACUCUCACUGCCUAGGAUCCCUCCUGAGGCCCUGGUGGUCCCCGAAGUCGUGGCUCCUGCUGGCUUCCAUGUCACGCCUGCCCCACCACAGCCAGGGGAAGGCAUCGAGGCUGACCCUCCCUCUGCUGUCGACCAGGAGCCCCCCCGGGGGCCACCCUUCAGUCCCUUCUUGCCCACCCUUCAGAACAACCCUGUGCCUCGCAGCCGCCGCGAGGUGCCCCCCCAGCCGCAGCCACUGGUGCCUGAGGCCACCCAGCCCUCCCCCUCUCCCGGCUCCAAGGGGCCCCCACAGGGCCUGGGGCGGACCACAGCUGGGGCUUCCCGUCUAGCAGAGCUGCUCUCCAGCAAGCGGCUGAGCUUCCUGGAGGAGGAGGUGGCCGAGAGUGGCCCCACGUUGCGCCCACCUGGCCCUGCCAGCCCAGCCCACUGUGAGGCUGGCGGGGCCAUGCCAGGCAGUGACGUCAUUGACCUGGCAGGUGAUACUGUGCGCUACACACCUGCCAGCCCCUCCAGCCCCGACUUCACCACCUGGUCAUGUGCCAAGUGCACGCUCAGGAACCCCACGGCGGCCCCACGGUGCACAGCAUGUGGUUGCUCCAAGCUGCACGGCUUCCAGGAGCACAGUGAGCCCUCCGCCCGCUGCCCCAACUGCAGCGCGGACAAGUCCGGGCCCUGCUCAGCCCACAAGGCCAGCCGCCUCUUCCCCAUAGCACCACCUGAGCGCCCAGGCCAGUGGGCCUGCCCUGCCUGCACCCUCCUCAACACAUCCCGGGCCAAGCACUGUGCCGCCUGCCACACUCCCCAGCUUCUGGUGGCCCAGCGUCGGGGUGCAGCGGCCCUGAGGCGCAGGGAGAGCAUGCAUGUGGAGAAGCGGCGGCAGACAGACGAGGGCGAGGCCAAGGCCCUGUGGGAGAACAUCGUGGCCUUCUGCCGGGAGAACAGUGUGAACUUUGUGGACGACAGCUUCCCCCCUGGGCCCAAGUCUGUGGGCUUCCCUGCGGGCGACAGCGUCCAGCAGCGUGUGCGACAAUGGCUGCGGCCCCACGAGAUCAAUUGCUCCGUGUUCAGGGACCAUGGCACCUCGUGGUCUGUGUUCCACACUCUCCGGCCCUCGGACAUCCUACAGGGCCUCCUGGGGAACUGCUGGUUCCUGAGUGCACUGGCGGUGCUGGCCGAGCGGCCUGACCUGGUCGAGCGGGUGAUGGUCACACGCAGCCUGUGUGCAGAGGGUGCCUACCAGGUGCGGCUCUGCAAGGAUGGCACAUGGACGACGGUGCUGGUGGACGACAUGCUGCCCUGUGAUGAGGCCGGCUUCCUCCUCUUCUCACAGGCUCAGCGCAAACAGCUGUGGGUGGCCCUCAUCGAGAAGGCACUGGCCAAGCUGCACGGCUCCUACUUUGCCCUCCAGGCCGGGCGUGCCAUCGAGGGCCUGGCCACGCUUACUGGUGCCCCCUGUGAGAGCCUGGCCUUGCAGGUCAGCUCUACCAACCCCCGCGAGGAGCCUGUGGACACUGACCUCAUCUGGGCCAAAAUGCUGAGUUCUAAGGAGGCUGGGUUCCUCAUGGGCGCCUCCUGUGGAGGGGGCAAUAUGAAGGUGGACGAUGCUGUGUACGAGAGCCUAGGCCUGCGCCCCCGCCAUGCCUAUUCCAUCCUGGAUGUCCGGGAUGUACAGGGCUCCAGGCUCUUGCGCCUCCGGAACCCGUGGGGCCGCUUUUCCUGGAACGGCAGCUGGUCAGACGAAUGGCCACACUGGCCAGGGCACCUGCGGAGUGAGCUCAUGCCGCACGGCAGCAGCGAGGGCGUUUUCUGGAUGGAGUACAGUGACUUCAUCAGGUACUUCGACUCUGUGGACAUCUGCAAGGUGCACUCAGACUGGCAGGAGGCACGGGUGCAAGGCUGCUUUCCCAGCUCAGCCAGCGGGCCCGUGGGCGUGACAGCCCUCACAGUGCUGGAACGGGCAUCCCUGGAGUUUGCUCUCUUCCAAGAGGGCAGCAGGCGCACGGACUCAGUGGACAGCCACCUCCUGGACCUCUGUGUACUGGUGUUCCGGGCAUCCUUCGGCAGUGGUGGCCGCCUGAGCCUGGGCCGCCUGCUGGCCCACAGCAAACGGGCCGUCAAGAAGUUCGUCAACUGCGAUGUGAUGCUGGAGCCCGGCGAAUAUGCCGUGGUGUGCUGUGCCUUCAACCACUGGGGCCCCACACCGGGCCCACCGGCUACGCAGGCCUCUAGCCCUUCAGUGGGCGUCCCGAGGAGCACCCCAGAGCCGCCUGGCCACGUACUGGCCGUAUACAGCUCCAGGCUUGUCAUGGUGGAGCCCGUGGAGGCCCAGCCGACCACACUAGCUGACGCUAUCAUCCUGCUCACAGAGAGCAGGGGCGAGCGGCACGAGGGACGCGAGGGCAUGACCUGCUACUACCUGACGCAUGGCUGGGCGGGGCUCAUCGUGGUGGUGGAGAACCGGCACCCCAAGUCCUACCUGCACGUGCAGUGCGACUGCUCAGACAGCUUCAACGUGGUGUCCACACGCGGUAGCCUGCGCACCCAGGACAGCGUCCCGCCCCUGCACAGGCAGGUCCUGGUGAUCCUGUCCCAGCUGGAGGGCAAUGCCGGCUUCUCCAUCACCCACCGCCUGGCGCACCGCAAGGCAGCCCAGGCCUUCCUCAGCGACUGGACAGCCUCCAGGGGCAGCCACAGCCCCCCACUCACCCCCGAGGUUGCUGGCCUACAUGGGCCCCGGCCGCUGUGACCGCCCCACGCCUACCUGCCUGCCCCCACACGCACUUUAUGAGGGAGACCCCAACACAGGACGCUUGAACCAGAAUCUCAGGACCCAAACUAGGGAGUGCCAGCCACAGGGUGCAGCUUCCCCUGGGCCUUCCUCCCUGCCCCUUCCUCCUGUCCAGGGCCUCCCAGCCCAAGCAGAAUACCUCGAACUGGCCUUUAGCUCAAAGGGGCUAUGUGGCAGCCCCUCUGACCAGCCCACCUUGAGGUCGGGCUCAGACUGCUAGGGCCUCCUUCCUGGGUGAGGCAGCCAAGAGCUCCAUUCACAGAACCAAAUCUGGGCGGUUCAAAGGCCAGGACCCCAGGGUGAGAGCAGAGACCAGCUCCUCUGUGGGAGUCAGAGGCCAGGACGCUGGGGUGAGCAGGGACCAGAAGCCGGGACCCCAGGAUGAGAACAGGGACCACCUCUUUGGGGGGUCACAGGCCAGAACCCCAGGGCAAGAGCAGGGACUACUCCCCUAGUGGGGCAUGAGAUCAGGAGCUUUUUCUCCCCAGUUUGGCCCUGGUACCUGUCUCCCCCCUCAACCCCCAUGAGGCACGUAGGAGUCCCUGAAGUCCAGCAGUGUGUCCCAGGAAGCAGGUGCCUGGUGACCAUGGGCUCAAGUAAGGGUGGGGAGGGACACUAUGCAAUUCCUGGAGUGCCAGCCAGGAUCGAAGCCAUGUCCUGGGCUGCAGUGGGGGCAGCAGGUCAGGUGGGCCUGAGCCCAGCUCUGCUGCUAGGUGAGGUAGGCACCACCUGACCUCUGCCGGGAGGAACACAGUCCAGCAGAAAUCCUUGGCCAGCCCUAUCCAGGCACACACAGGGUGCGGCCCCUCCCAGCCUCUCCCCACCUCAGAAGCCCAGCAUCCUCCCCAUGGCUGCUCUGCCCUGAGUUCUGUAUCUGCCCAGGGAUGUCUGAGGCCAGCUUCCCCGAGGCCCACCCGGCCCCCUGUCCUGCGGCCCCCAGGUAGCAGGUGGCCCUGCCCACUGCCCCUCACUUCCCAUGGGGCUUGCAGGGGGUGGGCUUACACCUGGAGAAGCAACCAGAAGCACUAGGCUACCCCUUGGACCUCCUUUAUACUUUCUCCUUUUACCUGAGCUGUGAGUAUUUUUAACCCUGUACAUACGGCAGCUCUUCUGACGCAGAGACUAUUUUAUCAAUUGUCAGUACCAUCCCUAUAGGAUGACUCCAUGGGUGUUCCCAGACUCAGGCUCCGAAGGACCAAAUAAAAAUGUUUUGUUUUGUAA